ACGAAGCCCCAUUUAUGUUUAAAAUCUAAAUAAGAUAGGGACAGUUCAAGGCACAGAGGCUCGUGCUCUGAUUUGGUUGUUUACCAUCAAUCAGACCGUUGCUUGGCAGACACUGGAUGGUUAUGAGCCUGAACAAGCUGCAAAGGGGCAGGGAAAGAAGUGGAGGCAGCAUUCUUCCUAUUUAAAGCUGCAUCGCUCGAAAAAAGUUUUCACAGACUGUGCUGGAGCUGGUGCUGAAAAAAGGGGGUUUGCAGAGGCUGCCCUGCUGGUGCUGAAGGAAGAGCCCGCAGCUGACUUCAUGGUGCUACAAUAAGAAUCUCCUUUUCACUCCCAGGAGGACCUACAUGUCUGAUAUUUAGACACAAUGGCAAACUGGGUGGAAGCAAGACCUCUCCUCAUCCUAACUGUUUUAUUAGGGCAAUUUGUCUCAAUAAAAGCCCAGGAAGAAGGCGAGGAUGAAGGAUAUGAUGAAGAAAUAGCCUGCACUCAGAAUGGUCAGAUGUACUUAAACAGAGACAUUUGGAAGCCUGCCCCUUGCCAGAUCUGCGUCUGUGACAAUGGAGCUAUUCUCUGUGAUAGGAUACAGUGCCAGGACGUGCUUGAAUGUGUUGACCCCAUAACUCCUCCUGGGGAAUGUUGUCCUGUCUGCCCACAUUCAGCUGGAGCUGGCAACACCAAUUUUGGUAGAGGAAGAAAGGGACAAAAAGGGGAGCCUGGAUUAGUACCUGUUGUGACAGGCAUACGUGGACGUCCGGGGCCUGCAGGUCCUCCAGGAUCGCAAGGUCCAAGAGGAGAGCGGGGCCCCAAAGGAAAACCUGGUCCUCGCGGUCCUCAGGGAAUUGAUGGAGAGCCAGGCGUUCCUGGUCAGCCUGGCGCCCCAGGGCCUCCCGGACACCCAUCCCAUCCAGGCCCCGAUGGCAUGAGCAGGCCAUUUUCAGCUCAAAUGGCUGGACUGGAUGAAAAGUCUGGACUUGGAAGUCAAGUAGGCUUGAUGCCUGGCUCUGUGGGUCCCAUUGGCCCAAGAGGACCUCAGGGUUUACAAGGACAACAAGGUGGUGCUGGCCCUACAGGACCUCCAGGAGAGCCUGGUGAACCUGGACCCAUGGGUCCAGUCGGUGCGCGUGGACCGGAGGGCCCUCCUGGGAAACCUGGCGAAGACGGUGAACCUGGUCGAAAUGGAAAUCCUGGUGAAGUGGGAUUUGCAGGAUCUCCGGGAGCUCGAGGGUUUCCUGGGGCUCCUGGUCUCCCAGGCCUGAAGGGUCAUCGAGGACACAAAGGCCUUGAUGGACCCAAAGGUGAAGUUGGAGCUACUGGUUCUAAGGGUGAAGCUGGUCCUACAGGUCCAAUGGGUGCCAUGGGUCCUCUGGGCCCCAGGGGGAUGCCAGGAGAGAGGGGAAGACUGGGACCACAGGGUGCUCCUGGACAACGAGGUGCACAUGGUAUGCCUGGAAAACCGGGGCCAAUGGGUCCUCUUGGAAUACCUGGUUCUUCUGGUUUCCCAGGAAAUCCUGGCUUAAAGGGAGAAGCAGGACCCACUGGGGCACGAGGCCCCGAAGGCCCUCAGGGCCAACGGGGUGAAGCUGGCCCACCAGGACCAGCUGGCUCUCAAGGUCUUCCCGGCGCAGUGGGAACUGAUGGCACACCUGGCGCCAAAGGCCCAACAGGCUCUCCAGGCACAUCAGGGCCUCCGGGCUUGGCAGGGCCCCCUGGAUCUCCAGGACCUCAGGGCAGCACCGGACCUCCAGGAAUCCGAGGCCAACCGGGUGAUCCAGGAGUUCCAGGUUUUAAAGGAGAAGCUGGACCCAAAGGGGAACCAGGACCACACGGCAUUCAAGGUCCAAUAGGUCCAGCUGGGGAAGAAGGCAAAAGAGGCCCUCGAGGUGACCCAGGAACUGUCGGGCCUCCAGGCGCAGUGGGAGAAAGGGGCGCUCCUGGCAACCGUGGCUUUCCAGGCUCUGACGGUUUACCCGGCCCUAAGGGGGCUCAAGGAGAGAGGGGCCCUGUAGGCUCUUCAGGACCCAAAGGAGGCCAGGGGGACCCAGGACGUCCAGGUGAACCCGGACUCCCAGGUGCUCGGGGCCUGACAGGGAACCCUGGUGUGCAAGGCCCUGAAGGGAAGCUCGGACCUUUGGGGGCUUCAGGUGAAGAUGGCCGGCCAGGACCCCCAGGUUCCAUAGGAAUCAGAGGACAGCCGGGGAGCAUGGGGCUUCCGGGCCCCAAAGGCAGCAGCGGUGACCUCGGGAAGCCUGGAGAGGCAGGACAUGCUGGUGUUCCUGGGCAAAGGGGAGCUCCUGGGAAGGAUGGUGAAGUUGGCCCAGCUGGUCCUGUUGGCCCCCCGGGUCUGGCUGGAGAGAGAGGCGAACAGGGACCUCACGGCCCUACUGGCUUUCAGGGACUUCCUGGUCCUCCAGGUCCACCUGGGGAAGGUGGAAAGCCAGGUGAUCAAGGGGUUCCUGGAGAUGCUGGAGCAGUUGGCCCAUUAGGACCUAGAGGAGAACGAGGAAAUCCAGGAGAAAGAGGAGAACCAGGGAUAACUGGGCUUCCUGGUGAGAAGGGGAUGGCUGGAGGACAUGGUCCUGAUGGCCCCAAAGGCAACCCGGGGCCAGCUGGUACCCCUGGAGAUGCAGGCCCCCCGGGCCUUCAGGGCAUGCCUGGGGAAAGAGGCAUUGCAGGAACUCCUGGUCCCAAGGGUGACAGAGGUGGCAUAGGAGAGAAGGGUGCUGAAGGCACGGCCGGGAACGAUGGCGCGAGGGGUCUUCCAGGCCCCUUGGGUCCUCCUGGUCCUGCGGGUCCCACUGGAGAAAAGGGUGAACCUGGCCCUCGAGGUUUAGUGGGUCCUCCCGGUUCCCGUGGCAAUCCGGGUUCUCGGGGUGAAAAUGGGCCAACUGGAGCUGUUGGCUUUGCUGGACCUCAGGGGCCUGAUGGACAGCCUGGAGUAAAAGGUGAACCUGGGGAACCAGGACAGAAAGGAGAUGCCGGUUCUCCUGGACCCCAGGGCCUAGCAGGAUCCCCAGGCCCUCAUGGUCCUAAUGGUGUUCCUGGAUUAAAAGGUGGUCGAGGAACUCAGGGCCCGCCUGGUGCUACAGGAUUUCCAGGCUCUGCUGGCAGGGUUGGACCUCCAGGCCCGACAGGCGCUCUGGGGCCUGCAGGACCCUUAGGGGAGCCUGGCAAGGAGGGUCCUCCGGGUCUUCGCGGAGACCCUGGUUCUCAUGGGCGAGUAGGAGAUCGUGGAGCAGCCGGCCCCCCUGGUGGCCCAGGGGACAAAGGGGACCCAGGAGAAGAUGGGCAACCUGGUCCUGAUGGUCCCCCUGGUCCAGCCGGAACUACUGGGCAGAGAGGAAUUGUGGGCAUGCCUGGUCAGCGUGGAGAGCGGGGCAUGCCAGGCCUACCAGGCCCUGCGGGCACGCCAGGAAAAGUAGGGCCUACUGGUGCAACAGGGGAUAAAGGCCCACCUGGACCUGUGGGCCCUCCCGGUUCGAAUGGCCCUGCAGGGGAACCUGGACCUGAGGGCCCAGCUGGUAAUGAUGGCACUCCAGGACGGGAUGGAGCUGUUGGAGAACGUGGUGAUCGUGGAGACCCUGGACCUGCCGGCCUGCCGGGCUCUCAGGGAGCCCCUGGAACUCCUGGCCCUGUCGGUGCUCCAGGAGACGCCGGGCAGAGAGGAGAUCCGGGCUCUCGGGGUCCUGUAGGACCACCUGGUCGAGCUGGGAAACGUGGCUUACCUGGACCUCAAGGACCUCGUGGUGACAAAGGUGACCAUGGAGACCGAGGCGACCGAGGUCAGAAGGGUCACAGAGGCUUUACUGGUCUCCAGGGACUCCCUGGACCUCCAGGCCCCAAUGGUGAGCAAGGCAGUGCUGGCACCCCUGGACCAUUUGGGCCGAGAGGCCCUCCAGGACCCAUCGGUCCAUCGGGUAAAGAAGGAAAUCCCGGCCCACUGGGACCUGUCGGGCCUCCUGGCGUCCGGGGCACCAUUGGAGAAGCAGGACCCGAGGGUCCCCCUGGUGAGCCUGGUCCCCCUGGUCCCCCAGGACCACCUGGUCACCUUACAGCUGCCCUUGGAGAAAUCAUGGGGCAUUACGAUGAGAGCCUGCCAGACCCACUACCAGAAUUCACCGAAGACCAGGCAGCUCCUGAUGACAAAAACAAGACUGACCCAGGGGUCCACGCGACUCUGAAGUCACUCAGCAGUCAGAUUGAAACCAUGCGUAGCCCUGAUGGUUCCAAAAAACACCCGGCCCGGACGUGUGAUGAUUUAAGACUUUGCCAUUCUGAAAAGCGAAGUGGCGAAUACUGGAUUGAUCCUAAUCAGGGAUCUGUUGAAGAUGCAAUCAAAGUUUACUGCAACAUGGAGACGGGAGAGACUUGUAUUUCUGCAAACCCUUCCAGCAUACCCUGUAAAACCUGGUGGGCCAGCAGGUCUCCUGACAAUAAGCCUGUCUGGUAUGGUCUUGAUAUGAACAGAGGAUCUCAGUUUGUUUAUGGAGACCACCAGUCACCGAAUGCAGCCAUUACUCAAAUGACCUUCUUGCGCCUUUUAUCCAAAGAAGCUUCCCAAAACAUCACUUACAUCUGUAAAAACAGUGUAGGGUACAUGGAUGAUCAGACUAAGAGCCUCAAGAAAGCUGUGGUCCUAAAAGGGUCAAAUGACUUAGAAAUCAAAGCAGAAGGAAACGCUAGGUUCAGAUACGUAGUUCUGCAGGACACGUGCUCGAAACGAAAUGGAAACCUAGGCAAGACCGUCUUUGAAUACAGAACACAGAACGUGGCCCGCCUGCCCAUCGUAGACCUUGCGCCCGUGGACAUUGGCGGCACAGAUCAGGAAUUUGGCGUUGAAAUCGGGCCCGUCUGUUUUGUGUAAAGCAAGUGGAGAUACAUGGACGAUGAGCCUCACCCCACCAUCAGAUGACACCACCCUUACAAGAACUUCGACUGAAGCUGACCCUGAGACUCUUGAAGUAACGGCUGACACUGCGUCAGCAUUGUAUAUAUGGUCUGAAGUACCAGCCCUCCUUAUCCUUCAGAAUAUUUAUUUUGCUUACAAGCCUCAAGUUUUAAUUGACGUAAAAUAUUUUUAAAUACAGCAGUUUAGUUUUAUGAUGACCAAUGACAAUGACCCCCUUUAAGGAAAAGUAAGCUGAUUGACUAAGUACAUCUUGGCUAUCUUAAAUUUUUUGAUAUUGUCAUAACAAAGUUGUUUGGUAUGUUUAUCAUUUUUUUUCCUUUGUCCUGGAAGGUAGCUUAAAGAGCGGGGUAUGUAAUACCAGAGCACAUGCUUUUUUUUUUUUUUUUUGCUUGGCUGCAGUUCAAAAAAUACAAAAUAGUGACCUUUUAUGAUCUCUCAUUCCCAGAUUUUCAAUUGAAAUAAACAAAUAAAAGCAUUGAAUCUUGCAAUUAAAACCCACAUGCAUGUCUUGCUCUGUUAUAGAGACUCGUUAAAGAGAAAUUUAACCAAAAUAUCUGUUUCUCAGUCUUGAGUAAAUAGUGGAGUUUCUGUAAAACAAAAUGAAAUCACUUCAGCUCUUAAAUUUUUGUAAAGGGUGGUAAGUUUACACUUUUUUCUUCUUCAAAUUUAGAGAUGACACCUUUGCCUUCCUGACUCUGUCAGUAUGGGUAAAAAUUGCAUGAAUAUACUAUUGAAUACAUUUGCACUUUCUUGUUUAAGAAGACAUCAAAUGCAAAAUAAUUUACACAUACAACCAACUUCGCAAACAUAUGUUCAGGACUGAAAGCUGAGAGUCUUCCAAAUGUAAAAAAUCUCUUCACCCUGAAUUCUAUAGUGAAGAAAAAGAUCUAGAAAACUAGACUUGCAAAGGUGACUCUGAUCAGAUGUGAUGAUUGGAAUUAGACCAUGUGAAAAAAUAAAGUGACCCUUUGUUUCUUAGUGUGAGCUACCUCAUCUCUAGAAGCUGGGAUGGACUUACUAUUCUUGUUGAUAUUUUAGAUACUAAAAGGUGCUAUGCUUCUGUUAUUAUUCCAAGACUGGAGAUAGGCAGGGCUAAAACGUAUUAGUACUUUUUCCUUUAAUGAUGGUGCUAAAACUCUUAUAAAGUUCUUUAAAAAUCAGAUGGAUUUGUCAAUACCAUUUGUGAAAGUAUAACUGUUAGACUUCCCUUUUCUGAAGGAAAGACUUUGUUCCAGGGCCUUUUUCACUGUUCAUCUGCCAUUACUGUUCUCUCUGGAAUGUUCUGUAAAACUUGGAUGCUUCUUAGAUUAGAAUAUGUAGGUUCCAUCCUCUCUCAAGGUGUUUCCUUCGUCACCCUUAAUUGCAUUUGUUGGCUUCAUUUUUAUUUUUUCUUUAAGACUAAACAGCUGGGACCAUCCUAAAGGACAAGCCAUGCACACGACUUUAGCCAUGUAUCUCUGCAACGAAUCUAAUUAAAAGCACGCUUUUGUCAUGUCA